GCAGACUAGAACUGAGCUCUGGAAAAAAAGUGGAGCUUGGAGCAUGUGGCCUGAGGAUUGCCGUACAAAGCCGGGGUGGUAGCUAAGAAGUGAGCAGGAUGCCCCCAGGCAUUUACUGUCCUAUGGAAUUCUGGUCCAAGGGGGAAAACCAGAACAUCCAGGUGGACUUUCUGCUGCCCACAGGCAUAUACUUAAACCUCUCUGUGUCCUGCAAUGCCAGCUUGGGCACCAUCAAGCAGGUGGUGUGGAAGCACGCGCAGUAUGAGCCGCUGUACCAUAUGCUCAGCGACCCGGAGGCCUAUGUCUUCACGUGCAUCAACCAGACAGCGGAACAGCAAGAGCUGGAGGACGAGCAACGGCGGCUUUGUGCCUUCCUACCGGUACUGCGGCUCGUGGCUCGAGAAGGCGACCGAGUCAAGAAGGUUAUUAACUCCCAGAUCAGCCUGCUCAUAGGAAAAGGUCUGCAUGAGUUCGACUCUGUGCAGGAUCCAGAGGUGAAUGAUUUCCGCACCAAAAUGUGCCAGUUCUGCGAGGAGAGAGCAGCAAAGCGGCAGCAGCUCAGCUGGGCAGCUUGGAUGGAGUACAGCUUUCCCUUGCAGCUGGAGCCCGUGGCCAGAGGCCUUGGGACUGGCCCUCUACAUACCCCCACCAAGAACAUUUUUGUCAACGUCAAGUUUCAGUCUGGCGGGGAGAGCUUCACUUUCCAGAUCUCUCCAAAGGAGUUCCCCAUCACGUUAAUGAGCUAUGCUAUCAAGAAGCAGGCUGCUGUCUUCCGCCAUGAGACAGUGGAGAACCCAGAGGACUACACCCUUCAGGUGAACGGGAAAUGUGAAUACCUCUAUGGAAACUACCCCCUGUACCAGUUCCAGUACAUUCGCAGCUGCCUGCACCGAGGCCUGACGCCCCACCUGACCAUGGUGCACUCCUCCACCAUCAUUGCUAUGAGAGAUGAGCAAACCAACUGUAUCACCAGCCCCCCGAAGAUGGCUCCCAAGCCUCCCCCGCUCCCUAAGAAAAAGCCAAACUACAGUUCUCUCUGGUCCUUAGAGCAGUCUUUCUACAUUGAGCUGGUGCAAGGCAGCAAGGUCAAUGCAGAUGAGAGAAUGAAGCUGGUGGUACAAGCGGGCCUCUUUCAUGGCAAUGAGAUGCUGUGCAAGACCGUGUCAAGCUCUGAAGUGAACGUAUGCUCAGAGCCAGUGUGGAAGCAGAGGUUGGAUUUUGAUAUUAACAUCUGUGAUCUUCCCCGUAUGGCGCGGCUCUGCUUUGCCCUCUAUGCUGUCGUCGAGAAGGCAAAGAAGGCACGUUCCACCAAGAAGAAGUCCAAGAAAGCUGAUUGCCCAAUCGCCUGGGUGAAUGUCAUGCUCUUUGACUAUAAGGACCAGCUGAAAACAGGGGAGUGCUGCUUGCACAUGUGGUCCUCCUUUCCAGAUGAGAAAGGGGAACUUCUGAACCCCAUGGGCACGGUACAAUGCAACCCCAACACAGAAAGUGCAGCAGCCUUGGUCAUCUGCUUCCCCACCGUUGCGUUGCAUCCCGUGUAUUAUCCGUCAUUUGAGCAGUUGCUGGAGUUGGGGAGAAAUGGAGAACCACCCCGUGCUGCACCAGAAGAUCCUGAGGAGAAGCUUCAGCUGAAGGAGAUACUGGAGCGGAGGAGCCACACCGAACUGUAUGAGCAUGAGAAAGACCUAGUGUGGAAGAUGAGAUAUGAUAUCCGUGACCAGUACCCACAAGCUUUGGCAAAGCUGCUUAUCAUCACCAAAUGGAACAAGCACGAAGAUGUUGCCCAGAUGAUUUCUCUGCUUCAGACCUGGCCAGAGUUGCCUGUCCUGAAUGCCUUGGAGCUGCUGGAUUUUAGCUUUCCUGACCAUUACGUUGGUUCCUUUGCUAUCAACUCAUUAAAGAAGCUGACAGAUCACGAAUUGUUCCAAUACCUGCUACAGCUUGUCCAGGUGCUGAAGUACGAAUCCUACUUAGACUGUGAAUUAACCAAGUUCCUGCUGGACAGGGCGUUAUCCAACCGCAAGAUCGGCCACUUCCUCUUCUGGCAUCUGAGAUCAGAAAUGCAUGUUCCUGCAGUUGCCUUGAGGUUUGGCCUGAUCCUGGAAGCAUACUGCAGAGGCAGCACCCACCAUAUGAAAGUUUUGAUGAAACAGGGAGAAGCACUCAACAAGAUGAAAACUCUGAAUGACAUUGUUAAAAUGAGUUCUCAGAAGGCCACCAAGCCUCAAACCAAGGAGGUGAUGCAUGUGUGCAUGAAGCAGGAAACUUAUCUCGAAGCACUUUCCCACCUCCAGUCCCCCCUGAACCCCAACAUUAUCCUCACUGAAGUUUGUGUGGAUCAGUGCACCUUUAUGGACUCCAAAAUGAAACCUCUAUGGAUUGUGUUUAAUAAUGAAGAGACAGGUGGAGGUGGAGUGGGUAUUAUUUUUAAAAAUGGAGACGACCUUCGUCAGGACAUGCUGACUCUGCAGAUGAUCCAGUUGAUGGACAUCCUGUGGAAGCAGGAGGGCCUGGACCUGAGGAUGACCCCUUAUGGCUGCCUCUCCACAGGAGACAAGACUGGACUGAUAGAAGUAGUCAUGCAUUCAGACACCAUUGCCAACAUCCAGCUGAACAAGAGCAACAUGGUGGCCACUGCAGCUUUCAACAAGGAUGCACUGCUGAACUGGCUAAAAUCCAAGAACCCAGGCGAUGCAUUAGAACAAGCUAUAGAGGAAUUCACUCUAGGGUACUGCGUGGCAACAUAUGUGCUGGGGAUAGGUGACCGGCACAGUGAUAACAUCAUGAUCCGGGAAACUGGACAGUUGUUCCAUAUUGAUUUUGGUCACUUUUUGGGGAACUUCAAGACUAAAUUUGGUAUUAAUAGAGAACGAGUUCCUUUCAUCCUCACCUACGACUUUGUGCAUGUCAUCCAGCAAGGAAAAACUAACAACAAUGAGAAGUUUGAAAGAUUCAGGGGUUACUGUGAAAAAGCCUAUAUGAUUCUGAGGCGCCAUGGUCUUCUCUUCCUGCACCUGUUUGCACUGAUGAAAGCUGCUGGCCUGCCAGAACUCAGCUGCUCUAAAGAUAUUCAGUAUCUGAAGGAUUCCCUAGCUCUUGGGAAAACAGAUGAGGAGGCACUGAAGCACUUCAGACUAAAGUUUAAUGAAGCCCUGCGAGAAAGCUGGAAAACCAAAGUGAACUGGCUGGCACACAACGUAUCCAAAGAUAACAGACAGUAGAGCAACAUCAGCCUGCACACUUGCUCCGAGAGACCGUAAUACCUGCACUGAGUCCAGCAAUUGUAGAUAGGUUUUUAAAGACUGAUGAAUGUUGCCAUGUUGAAGAUCCCUACCUGUGUUCCCGGAGAUCAGACGUUUCUGCACGACUGAAGAAUUGUUGGACUGUCAUCAGCCAUGUAAUCGUGUCCGCUGUAGAUCUCUGGGGGACAAGGGAGAGACAUGAGGCAAUAAAAUUACUGCAUACAGUGAAAGGUAGGUAGAUGUACUGUACCCUUAAGAACUUGUUAAGCUUCAAAUCCAUCUUCUAAUAGAAGAGUUCAAGCAGUUGUAACAUCCU